AUGCGCAUUUUGGCUGUGCCGCUGGCGCGCCAGUGCCGCGUGCCCAAAACGUACUACACCUACAUUCCCCAAGAGAGUGCCUUGCCAGCCGAUCCAAAGUAUGCAGUGCCGCAGAAACCGCUGCUGAUUCGCAUGUCGGACCGUGCGUCGGCCAUGUGGCUGAAUCUCGGUCGCAAGGACGUUGCAUCGACGUGGGGCUGGCGCAGGCGUCUGUUUCUUGCAGGCGAGCGGCUCAUGGAUCGUAUUCACUACGAAGAAUGGGAACUAAAAGGCAUUGCGCGCUCGUUUCGUGCGCAGCUACAGGCGGAAAAUCCCAGCAAAAUGGCGCUGGUGUACCCUCCUGCGUUCGGCUCGGAUGCGGUUGUGCAGCGCUCGUUUAGCGAACUGAUUAAAGCACAAGGACCAUUUCAGUACCGCUGGUUUGUGUACGACAUGAUUGGGAUCGUCGUUUCCUCGCCGUUAUUUCUUGUGCCGGUGGUGCCGAACGUACUGACCUAUUAUAUCAUGUGGCGCGCUUGGAGCCAUUGGCAAGCAUGUCGCGCACUAACAUGGUUGGAGAAUGAGCAGAAGAUUGAGCCGAAGGCGGACUCGCAUAUGGAUACUCUAUUGGACCAACACGCUGAGCCAGAAAAGGGAGACUGGCAAGUCAUUUUGCACCGCGAUCAAAUUGUCCCGCUUGCAAAACACUAUGCGCUUUCAGAGCAUGCGUGCAUUGAUUUAUUCCGCGCACAGGAGCAAAUGGUCAAAAUUGUGCAGGAUGCUGCCAAGAAAAGCGCCGCGUAG